UCAGUUUAUAAUAAAGAAACAAAAACCAGAAAAAAACGGGUUGAAAACUUUUACAAGCUGCUGGAAAAGCCGAAGGAAGCAGCUCAGAGUUUGUAGGAGGAGCUUAAACAUCCUCCUCCUCCUCAGAUGAAGGUUUCCUCCACACUGAGCAUCACACCAGAAAACUUUUACUCUGCAGCAGCUGAAUCAGAGAUCCUCUGAGCGGACGGAGCUCUCACUCUGCCUCCUUUCGCUCUGACCAUGUCUGCUCCCUGGCCGUCUCCUGAUUGGUCCUCAGCUGCUCCGAACAGCAGAACCGAAACAUCGUCAGGCUCCAACGCGAAGUUUGGCUCCUCCCCUUUAGAUGCCCUCCUCCAAUCACCUUGUAGUGAAGCCAGCCCCCAGUUCCUCAGCCGUCCCCCCUGGUUGGACCACCUCAGCUCUGCUAACAGCUCUCCUGCUUUGUCCUCAUCCUUAUAUGGGCAUCUCACUCUGACUCCGCCUCCCAUCUCUGUCCUGCCCUCAGCAACUAGAUGGAACACUUCAACUCCGCCCCCUUCCUGUUCAGGGGGUUGGACUCCACCUGACAGUGUGUAUUCAGGGUUUUGUUGUUCACCAGGGUGGCGUGUGUGUGUGAGCUGUGGGGUGAAGAGCUCCCCCCUAUGGAGGAGAGAUGCUUCAGGUCAACACCUGUGUAACACCUGCAGCCUCCAACAGGAAGACAGCAACAACACACCACUGCUGAGACAGAGAAGAAGAACCACGAUGAAAAAAUCUCAGUGUGUGAACUGUGAGACCAAAACAACAAGUCUGUGGAGGAAGAACAAGGACGGACAGUCGGUCUGCAACGCAUGUGGGCUGUACUACAGACUACACCAGGUGCAGCGACCUCUGACCUUGAAGAAGGAUGGAGUCCGCACCAGAAACCGUAAAGUGAACAAGAAUAAGAAGAGAACCAGCCAAUCAGAGAGCAGGUUUUCCUGGCUAGCCCCUCCCAGUCAGGAUGCCACCUUUUCUUCCUUUGUUCAGCAGCAUCCUCCUCCCUUCUCCUCCUCCUCCUCCUCCUCCUCUCUUCAGUAAUCUGUGGUAAUGUCAGCUGCUUUUAAUGGAACUAUUUGUUGUGUUUGAGUGGAUGGAUACGUACCUCUGAGAUGAUGAUUUUCUGCCUCAUCGUCAGAUGCCACAGGAAGAAGAGGAGGAAGGGGACCAGGGACCUCAUGUACAAAGAUGUAUGCGCAAAAAUGUGGUAUACACUGGCAAAGUUCAGAUGUAUGAAGAGUGAAAUGACCAUGGAAAUGUGUGGCGCCUCACGCCAUCUUCAUGGCUGGUGUACGCACAUUUCUACAGCUGUUAAUGCUUUGGUGAUAAGAGUGGCUACAGAAACACCAUUGUGGUAACUGGUGUAGUCUGUAGUACAGUAGUAGUACCUGGUGUAGUCUGUAGCAGUAGUACCUGGUAUAGUCGGUAGUACAGCCCGCAGGCAUUGCAGACCGACUGUCAGUCCUUGUUCUUCCUCCACAGAAUCGUUGUUUUGGUUUCACAGUUCACACACUUUUUUUCAUCGUCUAGAAACAGUCCAAGAA